AUGGGUAAAUUGGUGAACAAGUACGACGAGAAUUGGGAGAAGAAGUGGUUCGGCGCCGGAAUAUUCUACGAGGGAAGCGAGGAUUUCGAGGUAGACGUGUUCAAGAAGCUGGAGGAGAAAAAAGUUCUAAGCAACGUUGAAAAAGCCGGGCUCCUAUCCAAAGCAGAGGAACUAGGUCUUACUCUGUCAUCGAUAGAGAAGCUGGGUGUGUUCUCCAAAGCCGAGGAGCUAGGCCUGCUCAGCCUGCUCGAGAAGGCCGCCAGCUUCUCGCCAUCGGCGCUCGCCUCAGCAGCGCUCCCCGCCCUCGUGGCGGCGAUUUUGGCAAUAGUUCUGAUUCCGGACGACUCUGCCGGUUUGGUGGCGGUCCAGGCGGUGAUUGCGGCUGCUUUCGGAGUCGGGGCAGCAGGGUUGCUAGUCGGGUCCGUUGUUUUGGGUGGGUUGCAGGAGGCGGAUUGA